GUCAUAUUCCUGUGACGUGAUGAUGUCAUGCGGCCUGGGUUAGAGAGGAGGAAGCAGAAAAAACAACAACAAGCCUGUUGUGUGGGUGACAGACAGAAGCCACGCUGAGGUGACCUGUCUAGACUAGUAGUCAAAAAGCAGUCUAAUAUCAGUGCUUGCUGUGGUCCCGAGGGCAAGAUGUCUUUGUUUGGGAAGUUUUUUGGUAGCGGUGGCAAAGGGGGUAAAUCUGCAAGCCCCCAAGAGGCUAUCCAGCGACUGCGAGAAACAGAAGAAAUGUUGACCAAGAAACAAGAAUUCCUGGAGAAGAAGAUCGAACAGGAGCUUGUAACGGCCAAGAGAAACGGCACGAAGAACAAAAGAGCUGCAUUGCAGGCCCUGAAGCGUAAGAAGCGCUACGAGAAGCAGUUAACCCAGAUUGACGGCACCCUUUCUACCAUCGAGUUCCAGCGGGAGGCGCUAGAGAACGCUCACACCAACACCGAAGUCAUCAAGAAUAUGGGCUAUGCUGCCAAGGCUAUGAAAGCUGCCCAUGACAACAUGGACAUCGACAAAGUGGACGAGCUUAUGCAGGACAUCACAGAACAGCAGGAGCUGGCACAAGAAAUUUCAGACGCAAUCUCAAAGCCUGUCGGGUUUGGGGAGGAAUUCGAUGAGGAUGAGCUGUUAGCUGAACUAGAGGAGCUGGAGCAGGAAGAGUUGGAUAAGAACCUUCUGGAGAUCGGAGACAAUGUACCACUGCCAAACGUGCCCUCUACGUCCUUACCUGCCAGACCAGCAAAGAAGAAAGAAGAAGAGGACGAGGAUGACAUGAAAGACCUGGAGGCGUGGGCUGCAAAUUAAUGCUCCCCGAAACCCAUACACACUAUACAAGGCAUAAACCUCACUCCGAUACCUGUUACUAAAGGACCUGGAAGGACUCUUCAGUAUGUUACAGUAUGACGUCUUUGUGUCUAAUAUAGGUUAAAAUAUAAACACACAUGAGAGGAAAACAAAACAUAAAUGCAACUGCUCAAAAAAAAAAAAAUUAUAAAUCUCCGCCAGGCUUACGGUCAACACACUCAUCUAAGCAAGUCUGAGAUUUUGCCUCGUUUCUCCUCAUCUCUGGACUCUUCAGACACGAAAAAGGCUUGUUGUAGAUCAGUGUUUGUGUGUUCGGCACUCCAUUACCUGUAAAAGUAGUCAUAUAACUUUUCAAACUUCCAUCACGAGGAAUCCUCCGCUUGGUCCGAGAAACCAGUACACACGGAAACCCUUUGCACGCAGGGGAAAGUGUCUGUAACGAUCUGUCGUAUUUUUGGAGAGAACAUGUGGCAUAUUACAAAUUUGUUUGUUCGCAAGUUCUGUUAAAAGCACUGUAAGCCCCGUUUGAUUCUGUGCAUCGAGCGUUUCAGCGCAGGUGCUUUCCUCGUACGAUAUCCGUUGCGCCCACGGGACGUCCUAGAUCAGCACUUAGGCUUUACGAGUACAAGAUUUGUUUUCAGUUUCAGGACUGAGGUGGGUAUAAAGGUUUCAGGAUCCACCUCAAGUUUGAGUGCUGCUGCAAAUGUACAUAGCAUCUCUCUUUAAUGGCAUGACGGUUUACGAUCUCACUCAAGAAACGUGUACUGUAUUUGAGAUAUUUCAGAAAUACUGGCUCGUGAUUCUAAGAUGUCUUUACACUAGAAGUGGUUUCUUGAAAUGAGUGUUGCAUUAGGGGAAAAAAACGACGAGGCUUGUUGUAGAUUUCAGAUUGUUGUCUUAUUGAGGCGUGAAUGCAUUCAGACCGCACAGAUUAAUUUAAUAUCAUGCUUUAUUUUGCAGAGUGCUCUAUUAUGAUGUUCUGAUACCGUGGUUUUAUUCAUUUUCCUCUUUUGAGAGUCUAUAAAACAUUUGAGUAUUGAAUAUUGAGAGGCGAGAGACGCACUAAACACGUAACUUUUGUUUAUUUAUCACGUUUCAUUCGUUGUUCAUUGUUUGUUUGUCUUUUUGACACUCAUUUAUGUUGUCCUCUGCCUUUCAACCUUACACUCACAUUAAAGUUUUGCCAAAUUAA